GUUCGAACUUCCAAUCCAUUCGCACAUCAGUAGCGGUACGCCGCGGACACAAAUUCCCCCUUAGUCGAACAAAAAUGUCUUUUAUAAACGAAAGAAGAAAAAUUAACGAAAAUUUUAUAAAAACAACCGACAAAUAUUCAAAAUAUUUCCAAAAAUUCAGCUAUCAAAUCGGUAAAAGUUGCUGGAAAAACGGAUAUUCGUGGAUGAUGUGGUUUUUGUUGUUUUUAUGUUGUUUUCCGGUAGGUUUAGGAUUAGUGCAUAAUCGGAGGGUGGUACAGGGUGCUCCUUGGGUGGGACAAGAUUUUCACACGUAUCCUCAUCCAGGACAAGUGCCUAUUAUGGCCAGAGACGUAAUGGUAGAUGUUGUAAAUAACUUAGGAAUGAAGCUACUGGCAGUCCACAACGAAAACAACGAAGAUAACAUUGCCAUAUCGCCCUACGGGGCUCUAAGUAUCUUAGUAGCUCUAGGAGAAGGUAUCCAAGGUGAAGCAGUACGAGAACUUCAAAAAUCAGCUCAUAUCCCAAACGAUAUUUCAGUUAUUAGAAUCGGUUUAAGAGAUAUCCACCGUCACCUUAAGAGUUAUUUCAUACCUCCAGAAGGAUUUUUAGCUGGUUUAACACUUAAUCACGAAAAUGUUACUUUAAAACCGGAAUACGAAGACAUUUUACACUUUUACGGAUUCGAUAUUAUGUCUUUCAACAACGCCCUCUAUCCUAAUCCACCUACAACUCAAAAACCGAUUGCGAGUACUACAGAUGAUGGAAUUACCAAAUCUACAGAUGCAACGGAUCAAUCUACAACUUCUCCAACCACUUUAGAUUCAUCUACUAUCACAACACCAAUAAGUACUACAGCAGAACUUCCUAUGAACGAUAUUAUCCCAAAUAUUCCGGAAAUUACCACUACCAGCAUAAAAAGUACAACCAUUGAAGAUAUUUUAUCUAAUACCGAUAGUUCGGUACUUACUACAGAAAGUAUAAGUACGACAAAAAAUACUUUGACAUCAACUAAACUCACAACUAACGAAGGAAGUACGAUAAUAAAUGAACCUACUACAAUAAGUACUACAGAAGAUAUUACUAAUAGUCCAACAACAGCUGGUAUAACCACAACACCUACACAAAUUGGCGAAGCAACCACUUCCACAAAUCCUACUAUAUCACAACCAUCAACAGAUACAACAGAAAUAUUGUUUUCUGAAACAGAAAACCCCGAUAAAACUACUACAAAAGCACCAGCUGCAGAUUCAACAAUACCUACAACGGAAAUACCAAUUACAGAAAUAAAAUAUACAGAAUCAACUGGAAAUACAGACGUAAAGACUACAGAAUCAACUGUAACUACAGAAGUAAAGUAUACAGAAUCAGCUGUAACUACACAAUCAAUUGUUGAUGAAAUGCCUACUACAGAAGUGAAAUAUACAGAAUCGGCUACAGAAAUAGCGACUACAGAAUCAAUUGUUAAUGAAACGCCUACAACAGGAUCAGUUUUAACUACGGACGUAGAGACUACAGAAUCAAUUGUUAGUGAAAUGCCUACAACAGAAUCAGCUUCAACUACGGACGUAGAGACUACAGAAUCAAUUGUUAGUGAAAUGCCUACAACAGGAUCAGCUUCAACUACGGACGUAGAGACUACAGAAUCAAUUGUUAGUGAAAUGCCUACUACAGAAUCAGCUUCAACUACGGACGUAGAGACUACAGAAUCAAUUGUUAAUGAAAUGCCUACUACAGAAUCAGCUUCAACUACGGACGUAGAGACUACAGAAUCAAUUGUUAGUGAAAUGCCUACUACAGAAUCAGCUUCAAUUACGGACGUAGAGACUACAGAAUCAAUUGUUAGUGAAAUGCCUACUACAGAAUCAGCUUUAACUACGGACGUAGAGACUACAGAAUCAAUUGUUAGUGAAAUGCCUACUACAGAAUCAGCUUCAACUACGGACGUAGAGACUACAGAAUCAAUUGUUAGUGAAAUGCCUACUACAGAAUCAGCUUUAACUACGAACGUAGAGACUACAGAAUCAAUUUUGAUCGCUACAGUAAUUAUAACCACAGAAUCAAGUGAAACUACGGAUUCACAAUCUACAGAUCUAGUUGUAACUGAUGUAAUUAUUAGAGAUGCCCCGACAGAAUCUCUAACAAGCACAAAAGAUACGAUUUUAGAAUCAUCUUCAACUGAAGUACCUGCUGAUUCUGUAAGAGGACCAGAAGUUAUGACAGAAAUAAACGAGGCUGUUAAAAGAAAUACUAGAUCUAAGGAUAUGAUGAUAAAAUUGAAUAGUCCUAAUAGAAAACCGGACGCGACGAAGCCGCUUUCUUUAGCUAACAAUAAAAGUAGACGAAGAAGAUCUAAACGUGCUUAUAAUAUUAAAUCGAAUAACAGAAAAUCGAGAUCUGUAGUAGAUUACAUGAUAGCCAAAUACUAUGACAGCUACCGUCCACUACAUACUACGCAUCGAGUACCUUAUAUACCCCAAACCCAACCAAGUUUUUUGGUUCAAGGGAAGUAUAGGGAAUAUCAGGUUCAAUUCAUGAAAUACGAUACAUGGUUGCCGUUUUUCUACGUUUCGCAUUUGAAAGCUCUAGCUUUGAGUUUCCCACUAGACAGUCCCCGAUAUUAUUUAUUAUUGUUACUGCCAGUCCAAGUGAACGGUGUAGAUCAGCUCAUUUACGAAUUGAGGUUGAACGGAAGCUUCAAGUAUAUUAUAGAUAAUUUGAGAUACAGACAUGUCACCGCCGUUAUACCUAGUUUCCUAUUAAAAGGAUACGUCAAUUUGACACCUACGUUUCAAAAGCUGGGAAUAAGAAAAGUAUUUGAACCAGGACAAGCCGAUUUUUCACCUAUGACGGAUUUUAAAGGAGUAUACAUUACAAACAUAGAACAGGCUAUAACAGUGAAUAUAAAACAUUAUAUGGAUCCAGGCAUCUUCGGAAACAACAGACAGUAUCGCCAAGAAGUCCCUAUUGAAUUUCGAGCUGAUCAUCCAUUCCUCUACUUCGUCGUAGACGCUGAACUUCACGUUCUUUUGAUGGCAGGAAAAGUAGUGAACCCACUCAACACAAGAAUUACAUAGUUAUCAAUAAAUGCUUAUUAUUAUUUUAACGUAAACAUUAUGUAAAUAAUUAUGAUUCCCAAACA